AACAGAGAAGAACCCAAAGAGCCAAAUCCCCCAAAGAGAAAUGGAAAAUUUAGAGCCUUUAAAUCACCUUUGUUUCAUAACUAUUUGAUUCCAAAUAAAAAACCCAGUUUUUUAAACGAAGGAUUUUCGACAUUAAAAGGAGAUUCAAGAACAGAGGAAAAAAGAAAAAAGAAAAUGGCUUUGAAGAAUCAGAAAGAUCACUGGGCAUUUCUGGAAGAAAUUGAAGCACCAAUGUGGGUGGAUCUUAUUUCAGAAACAAACCUCAGUAGCCAAGACAUUGAUGACAAAUGGUUUCAAACAAGUCAUUUGUUCCACCAAUGCUCUUCUAGCCAGUUAAAAUCGGCAUUUUUGUGUUCCGGUGAGGAAGGGGUAACCUUAGAGUUGGACUUGGUAGGAGCAUAUUCACCAACACUUCCACAGUCGGUUUCGAGAUCAAGAGGAAAGGACUUCAGGAGCAAGAAAUGGAAGGGGAACUGUUGUGAUGUCUCAUUGAAUAAGAUAGAGUCAAUGAAGGUUUUGAAGGGGAAGUCUUUAGUGUAUGGUGAGGGCAUUAAACCUGAACUUAGCUUUAUAAACUCGAAAGGGACAUCUAGAUCUAAAUCAAAUAUGGUUUCUGAAAUAACUGAGAAUGCCAAAGGAAAAAAUGUCAAACCUGUGUCUAAUCGAGGGGGUCCAGAAAGGAGUUUGAGUCCUGUGGUAGAUAAGUCGGGUGAAACGAAUGGUAGAAGCACAGUUACCUCUGAGAGCAUUCAACAGCAGCGGCAGCAGCAGCAGCAGCAGCGGCGGCAGAAGUUCUUUGAGGUAUCAAGUCGAGGUUUCGGUCAAACAAGUGAGCUUUUAACAUCAGUGAGGAGUAGUCUCAGAAAAAGUUGUAUUACAAGGCCAGCAUCAAGGGUGGAGAUUAAUGCUGAUAGGAGUCAUAGGAUGGAAUCAAGAGACAGUAGAUCUUCCUCUGGCAAGUCUAGUGUGGGAUCAUCUUCAUAUUCUGGCUAUGAAGCUAAGAGGUCAACUGUUUCUUGGAUAAAGAGGAAAGAAAAAACCCCAGAUAGCAGAAAUGUGGCACGAUUGACUGAAGCUGCCAAGACCAAAGUGAAACCUUCCAACAUGUGCAAGAAAUCAAAUGUUAGAGGUAAGGAAGGGGAACGUAAUUCUAGGACAGGUGGAUUAGUAACUGUUCCAAAGAAAACUUGGGAGGAAGCCGUAAAAUCAAAGGCUAAUUCUCAGACUCAUCGCUCCAAACUUUCACUGCUACACAAAGUCAACGAACAGAAGCCGCUUGCUGAUGCUAAAAAAGCUAGUGAGAAGGUGGGAGUUGGCAACAAAGUGAGAGAUGCUGGGAAAGAAAAUAAUGCAGGGGAAAUUCCUCUGAGCCAGAAAUGCAGCGGAAAAGGCAAGGCUGCUGAAGGCAUGGUUGCGGGUAGAAAAGGGGCAACUCAGAGUACAUCUGCGAAGGGUGGCAAAACUGGAAUGGUUGUUCCUAAGGGAAGAGUUGUUAAUCAAAGGGAAGGCAAGAAUCCCACUAAUUCGAUUCCGAAGGUCCAUUUUCGAUGAGGGAAGAGGUCUGUAUAUAGUGUAAUUUGUUACCUCUUGAAAUCAUGGGAGCAUGGAUACCCCUCUGUGCCACAUUUUGGUGGUAAAUUUUGAUUCUCAUGGCUUAUGUGAAUAUACAUUUUCACAGGCCAUAAUUUUGUAUGCAGCUCCUAGCAAUUCAAGAACCCUCUCCAAAUCUCUCUUUCACUCUCUUGGUUUUUUAUACAAGCUUUGAGCUACGUUUCUGGAAUUUCAGUGGAACUUGAAUGAAUCUGAAUAUAUAUAAUGAUGAAUCUCAAGUAAUAAGAUUUGUUAACUAUAAGAAGAAGAAAAUCAGCAUUCUGCCUGCUUGAUUAAUGUGUCAGACUUGAGUAUGUUCAAUUUUGCCCGUGUAUGUUAAAUUUUCUUUUCAUUAUUUUCAUGUAUUUAGAGAAUUAUUGAACGUAUUUUCAUAUUCAUAUUUGAAUUAACAUUGAAUGCGAGUGUUAGAUAGGAGUAA